AUUAAAUAAGCGAAACGACGUCGUUCGGCCGAUAGUUGGAUUUUUCGCCAGAUUUGAAAUAUUUCAAAUUAUGAAAAUGUGAACGUUAAACCAACGUAUCACCAAACCCAUCUUUUCAAAUUCCAUCUAUUAUUUUCUCUCUCUUCUCUCUCUCUCUCUCUCUCUCUCUCUCUCAUGUACACAGAAUUGAACACUUCAUCCGAAUUUAGUUUCAGCGGCUAAUCCAAAAAUCUGUUCGCGCAGACACUUUCAAGGUUUAGAAACCAUGGGUGUUGAAAAUUAUCACGUUAUAGAGCUUGUAGGUGAGGGAUCGUUUGGCAAAGUUUACAAAGGGCGGCGCAAGUUCACUGGCCAGACAGUUGCUAUGAAGUUUAUCCCUAAACAUGGCAAAAGCGAGAAGGACAUUUUCAACUUGAGACAGGAAAUAGAGAUUCUAAGAAAAUUGAAGCAUGAAAAUAUUAUAGCAAUGCUGGACUCAUUUGAGAGCCCGCAAGAGUUCUGUGUUGUUACAGAAUUUGCACAAGGCGAGCUUUUUGAAAUUCUCGAGGAUGACAAAUGUCUUCCUGAAGAACAAGUUCAAGCUAUUGCAAAACAACUGGUGAGAGCAUUGCAUUAUCUCCACUCAAAUCGAAUAAUUCAUCGCGACAUGAAACCACAAAAUAUUCUUAUUGGUGCUGGAUGCAUUGUUAAGCUUUGCGACUUUGGUUUUGCUCGAGCAAUGUCUGCAAACACGGUCGUCUUGCGGUCCAUAAAAGGAACUCCUUUAUACAUGGCCCCUGAAUUAGUACGAGAACAGCCAUAUAACCAUACUGCGGAUCUUUGGUCCCUUGGUGUUAUUUUGUAUGAACUCUUCGUUGGCCAACCUCCAUUUUAUACAAAUUCGGUCUAUGCACUUAUCCGGCAUAUCAUUAAGGAUCCUGUUAAAUAUCCAGACAAUAUGAGCUCAAAAUUUAGAAGUUUCUUACAAGGUUUGCUGAAUAAGGUUCCUCAGCAGAGACUUUCAUGGCCUGCUCUUCUUGAACACCCAUUUGUUAAAGAAACUCGUAAAGAAAUAGAAGAUUCAUAUGCUGCGAUAAAAUCAUCUCCUAGAGGUUUUAAUGCAGCUGUGAGGCAAGAAGGAAAUGAUCAACAGCCAAGUGGAUUUACUGCAGCAAGUCCAGAGAGUAAGAACUCUUCUCCUGCUGGUACUGAAAAUAAGGCGGUCCGUUGCUCUCCAGUCGAUCCUCAUUCCAACUCUACAGUAGACAAUCCCAUGCCAAGGGAGGAGUUUCCAGGUUUUCCGAGUCAGGGUGGUGCUGUACAGUCAGGUUGCCAAGUGCUGGAGCGGUUGGAAAAUAAUUCCCGCUCAGGUAAGGGUGCAAAAGUAAUUGGUCAAGACAAUGAAGCAUUGGCUGCUAUUCUACUACCAUUGAAAAAGUUGUGCGAUGGAUCACAAAAUCCCUGCCGGGAUCAGGAUAUUGUUAUUUUGAAUCAGUCACUGCGGAUUCUUUCAAAUUUAAUUGCUGCUGGAGCCUUAAACUCAAGGGGAAUUCUUGAUGAAAUAAUUGGAGGACUUCUUAGUUUCAUUUCUGCUAUUGUUCGACUAAAAGUAUCUGAUGGAAAUGACUUGGUGGCAAAGAGCUUCUCAAUUGUGAAAAGAUUGCUAGAUAAUUGUGGAUGUAGUAUCGAUGAUGCUUAUUUCCGGCAUUGGGUCGCCGUAGCUGGAUUAUAUUCACAGGUUGCAAGCUCUGGUGAUGACAUGUCUGGAAGAGUUUUCUUUGAGUCCACUUCAUGUGUUGCUGCAAUGCUAUCUCAAGUAGCACAGUCUCUCAGAGCAUCUGCAGCUGGUUCAAACCCUGAGACAGCUUCAAACCCAUCCGUGGUAAAUAGAUUUGUGCAGCAAAUUUUGGACCAUGCUAAGUCUUCAGGAGUACUGGACUGCCUGUGCUUGUGCUUGGAAUCCUCAGGCUCGAGUCUCAUAUCAGGCUCUACAAAUUUGUUGCGAGCUGCUUGUGAAGCCUGUAGGGGAAUUUCGUCACUCAUUGACGCAUUCGAACUUCUAUCUGUGGAAGGAAGUUUGUUAUUUCCACUAAACUCUUUGCGGAGCCCUUCACUGCUUCGACUUGACAUUAAGGACCAUGACGAGAGACCAUCUCAUGGAACAGUUUCGGGAGAAGUCACUGAUGUGAUCACGAAGGCAUUUCUCAAGUCAAAAUCCAUACAGGUCGCUAUCUACUUUUGUCUUCGCCAACGUAACGAGACGGGUCUUUCUGCUGGGGUGCAGCUUAUCUUGCGAUGUUGUUUGCAUAAUGACAUUAUUGCGAAUGUUCUAUGUGGGUUGCCAAGCAAACUACCUGUCACUACAGUAGUGAGUGGUGGUGGAGACGGCACAAUUGUUUCAGAGAUCUUCUCCAUACUAUCUUUAUGUGCUGCUUCAAAUAAAGAUAUCAAUGAUGCAGAAGCAGAUAAUUCGAAACUCAAAGUCACGGAUACACGUGCCUUGGUUUUGAACUCUUGCCUUGUUCUUGCCACAGUUGCUCAGUGUUUGAAAUCAUCCGGAAGAAAUUCUGCGUUGCUCAUGUUGACAACAUCUUCGAAAAGGCAGUUUGUUCGGCUCUCUAGCAUUGCACAUCACUUCUCUUCAGAUGAAAGGAUGCAAUCCUCAUUGCAACCUUCUUGUGCAGCUGCCAUGCUAGCUCUUGCAUCCAUUUUGUCUCUUGAGAAGGGAACUUCAGUUGAAAAUGCCAUUUCUGAGAUAGCUCUUCCUUUAAUUCCACGAACAGCAACUUUGUGUGACCAUUUGAGAGAUAGUGAUGAAAAUGUUUCAAUGCUGAAGGGGGUGCUUCCGCACAGGUAUGGCAUCCGGGAUGGAUCUAUUGGGUUGUUGGAGUCCAGACUGAACUGGGGAGGGCCUCUGGCUGUGCAACAACUUUGUGCAAGUGGUGCUCCACAGCUACUAAUUGAUUUGCUGGCAAACAAUAUAUCAAAUGCUUCUCAAAAGGGAUCUGUCUGCUCACAAGAUCAAAUCGGAUUAUCUCCUACCGGGGUUGUAUGGACUAUUUCUUCAGUAUGUCAGUGCCUACCUGGCGGAGUUUCAACAUUUCGUCAAAUUUUGUUAAGGACAGAUCACGUUAAAUGCGUGACUGAUUUAAUAUCCGACGCUCAUCUUAAGCUCAUUAGGUCCUGGACUGGACCUGGUGGAGGAAAAUAUGGUGUGAGAGAGACGAUAAAUGCAGUGAUUGACCUCUUAGCAUUUCCUUUUGUAGCUGUUCAGAGUGCACCUGGUCAGCUCUCCACUAAUGCUUCAGUUAACAGUGGUUCUCUUUUGAAUAUGGGCUCUCCAGGUGGGAAGGUUUGUGCUGACGACAAAGACAUGAUCAAAACAAUACAGGCAAACAUGAAAAAGUUUAUCCAAAUUCUCCUGGAGGUUGAAGUGCCAGCAAUCGUUCUCUGUUGCUUGGACCAUAUGGAAUUGAAAGAUAUUGCCAGGCCCGUUGCAUUUAUUGCCAAGAUAUCUACCCAACCACAGCUUGCUGUUCAACUUGUAAGCAAAGGCUUAUUGGUUCCAAAUAGAGCGAAAAGGUUGCUUAAUAGUCCCUGCCCUAGGGAAGUCACCAUGGAUUUUCUUAUGAUCGUUUCAGAUUUAGCUCGAAUGGAUAAGCAAUUCUAUGAAUACAUCGAUGCAGCAAAUAUCUUGGAGGAUCUAAAGAACUUUCUCACACAUGAGGAUCCCAAUUUCCGUGCCAAAACCUGCAGUGCUAUUGGAAACAUGUGCCGCCAUAGCUCCUAUUUCUAUAAUUUACUGGCAAGACAUCAAAUCAUUGGUGUCCUGAUUGAUCGAUGUGCUGAUCCUGACAAACGUACAAGGAAAUUUGCUUGCUUUGCUGUUGGAAAUGCCGCCUAUCAUAAUGACUCAUUAUACGACGAACUCAGAAGAGCCAUCCCACAGCUGAAAAAUCUGCUGCUCUCAGAUGAAGAAGAUAAAACUAAAGCAAAUGCUGCAGGUGCUCUCAGUAAUCUUGUACGCAACUCCAAUCGGCUUUGUGAAGACAUAGUUACCAAAGGAGCCAUGCAGGCACUAUUAAAGGUGGUAGCAGAUUGUUCAACUGUGGCACUAAACCCAAGAAAGGAUGCCAUAAACGAGUCGCCUCUAAAGAUAGCAUUGUUUUCACUGGUGAAGAUGUGUGCUUAUCCACAAUGCAGACAAUUCAUUCGCUCAUCGGAACUGUUUCCUCUGAUAGCACAGCUUCGACAGUCGCCGGAAACUACAAUUGCCAAUUACGCCUCCUUCAUCACAACUAAGGCUUCGGAAUCGGGAUAAAACAGAUGUGUUUUCUCUCACUACACCUUCAAACAAAUCUAUCAUUUGUGGAAGAUUUGUGCGAGCGAGUAUUAUUAGUCCGGUGUGUACAUAAUAAUCUCCUUCAAGAAGAAUUUUUUUCUUUUUUUAAAUGUUUCCUUCAUUUGUUCAUGCAUAUAUAUGAAGUAGAGGAAGCUAUUUAUACGGAGGUUGUUGUUUGUUGUUGCAUACGAUUUUCUGUUGCAUUGUCUGUUUGUACCAAUUAUUGCUACGUUUACACGCUGCGGGUAAUAAGUCUUAAUUAUCAGACAGGAUUUUCUAUUGAACAAUCUAUUGCAAUAUUAACUAGGGGUGAAAAUUUGAUCAGAAUUUCCAAUUUCUGCUGAUUCUGAUCAGAAUUUUUCCGAAUUUGAAACUCUGAAAA